CUCACCAUGCACUGCUGGCAGAGGUGUCUCCAUGUUGUCAAUGUAACCCUGUGGAUAUUUUCACUGGUAGAGUUAUUCAAAUCUGAUGCUACCAACAUUGCGCUGAAGAAGUCCUCCAAACAAAGCAACGCUCACGGGCAAGACCGUCCAGAACGAGGCAAUGACGGUAACUCUAACACGGACUAUGAUGAGGGUUCCUGUGUUCAUGGGCAACCGAGUCCGGCCUAUCCCCUACCAUGGUGGCAGGUGGACUUAGAAUGGAUGUGCCAUGUAACAACCGUGGCAAUCACUAACAGAGAUGCAUCAAAUGCAUGGCGUCUUCACAACUUCACAAUUGAGCUUUACCGUGAAGAUCCGACGGUUCAUCCCAACACUAAGGCCCAAAUCUGCGCCGUAUACCCUGGCACAGUGGCCUCCGGAGCCAGUGUAACGCUCACCUGUGCUCCAGGGGUGAGGGGUCGUUACCUGAGGUUUCAGAAAAACAGCGUGAAAUUCGAUGACGCAGUGCAGUUCUGUGAACUAGAGGCCUAUGGUAUCAAUGGAACAAGGUCAGUGUUCUCGAGACAUCCAUCACAGCAAAUGUCAGGGGCUUCUGUCGGAGAGAAAAUGGGGAGCCCACUGUCCUGUGGUGAAGAUUGCCAUCGUAUGCCCUGUUGUGCUGGCUUUAACUUCCAUGGAGACAGUGAAGGUACCUGCAAGUUCAUGUCGAUGGAUAAUGGGGAACUUGCAGCUAAUGCGUCAUGGAGCUACUUCGCUAAAACGGAUGUGUAUUAAAAAGAACGGUACCUCAAUGGCGGAAACUGCAUUUGUAUUGAUGUCACCUUUCAUUUCAUGGAGCUACUUGCAAAAAUACGUAUUUAUAAGAGCAAACACUUUCGAGUUUGGAUGUUCCUGUUUUGUUUUGACCUCACUUUCGAUACUUCUUGGAGAUACGAUCUCGUACUUUGCAAAAUAAUUAUAUGUUUUUAUAUGAGCAACACCUUACCACAGAAGACGUUUUGCGUCUGGGAGAUACUAAACUAAAGAGCAAUAAGUAUUUGGAAGAGCAAACCUCACUUUGUCCGAACGUCUCACUCCAGUAUUCCCACCACCUGCAUUGAUUCGUGGAUCUUCUUUGGGAAGAAAAUUUAGAACUAUAAAGAGCAAACCUCACUUUUUCCGAACGUCCCUCUUCUGCAUUCCCAUCACCUGUCUUGCUUCGUGGAUCUUCUUUGCAAAGGAAAAUUAGAACUGGAAAGAGCAACCUCACUUUUUCCGGACGUCCUUCAUCUGUAAUCCCAUCACCUGUCUUACCCCCAGGAUCUUUUUGGGGAAGGAAAAUUAGGAUUGCAAACCUCACUUUUUCCGAACGUCCCUCUUCUGUAUUCCCAUCACCUGUUUUACUUCGUGGAUCUUCUGUGGGAAGACAAAUUAGGAUUGGAAAGAGCAAACCUCACUUUUUCCGAACGUCCCUCUUCUGCAUUCCCAUCACCUGUCUUGCUUCGUGGAUCUUCUUUGCGAAGGAAAAUUAGAACUGGAAAGAGCAAACCUCACUUUUUCCGGACGUCCUUCAUCUGUAAUCCCAUCACCUGUCUUACCCCAAGGAUCUUCUUUGGGAAGAAAAAUUAGGAUUGCAAACCUCACUUUUUCCGAACGUCCCUCUUCUGUAUUCCCAUCACCGUUCUUACUUAGUGGAUCUUCUUUGGGAAGGAAAAUUAGUAUUUGCAAACCUCACUUUUUCCAACCACCAUUGUAUCCACCUUACACUCACAGCUUCAUGGAGACGCUUUGGAACUAACAAUUAUUAACUGAAAAUGCAGUUACUCACUGGUUAGAUGGUCAACCUUUGUAGUAACUAACCUUUGAAAAUGCAACUGAGCUGCUGUCAUAUGUCGUAAAUCAAUGUUAUUCGCCUAAAGAUGCAGUUGCCAGUUUAAAUGUGCUGGAUUCUUGAAACAAUGGGAAAUACACCUCAUACGUGAAAUUUAAAAGGAUUGGGAUGUCACAAGGAACAACUACACCUGCAGAGCUCGUGAAAUUAAGGAAACCUUUUGAAAUUGUUAGGAGAGUAAUCAGAUGUGUUCUUAGUUUGGGGAUUAGCAUUAUAUGUUUCGUUCCAGCAUUUUACAAAUAUUUUCACUAAAAGAAUUAUUUUACUAACGCUGAUUUUAGGAUAUGUAGGUAACGACGUUACACACAUAUCAUCUUUGUCAAUCCCUUGUCUCGUCAUGCCAAAAGGCAUGAUGUUACUUAUUGUUACCCUACCUGGCGUUCAGCAUUUGGGGAUGAACCAAGGAAUGGUCGGUUUGGAGUCAGAAUACUGUGUGUGCUUUGGACACACACACACACACACACACGCACACACACACACACACACACACACACAC